AAAGUCAAAUCUAAGGGAGAGGACAAAGAGUACCUGUUUUUGAAGCAGAUGGAGUGUAUCCGUCUGUGCUUAGAAUGUGAUAAGAUACACGAUGCCAACAGAACAUUGCUGUCUCAAAUCGUCGAGCAUUACUUUUCGGAAAUCAGUGAUGAUAACGUUGCGUGGCCCACAUACGUGAGUACAUGUCGCAGCCUGUCCAGUAAGUACCUGGAGCGCAUGUCGUCCCCCAGCGGGUGGUGGGAGGUGUCCCCCGCCCUACUCCGUAAGGCGGCCUCCGUCCGCGCCGCGCUGGCCGCGCUCACUGACUGCGCCGCGCCGCUCAACUGGCUCAACGACAUCAUUGAUGCACAGGCUAACGAGAUCACCGAGCAGGAGUUCUCGUUACGCUGCAUGAUGCCGGCCCUGCAGGCAGUGGACCCUGACUCCGCGGCCACCAGGGAAUGGUUCCUGCAGCUCAUGGGCCGAACGCAGGUCGCAUUCAACGAGACAGAGGAUAAGUCAGCGAAGCUGUACCUGGGUGACGUGUUGAUGCUGUGCGUCAUAGUGUUCAGCGGCGUCAGUGCAGCGGCGGGCGCGCCGGGGGCGGAGCCCUGCGCUGCCGGCGCCGCCGGGGGCAGGCCCGCGCGACGCGACCUCCUGCCGCCCGCCGUCGCCGUCCUGCUGGCCCGACCUGCCUGGGAGACAUGCUCGCUGCAGCUGCUGGAAUGGUUAUGCCACUCCCGCGCGGCGCUGGGCCCGGGCGCGGCGGCGGCCUGUCAGCGCGCCUUGCUGGCCGCGCGCUGCGCCCCGCCAUUCGCCACGCACCAUAUCUGGACGCGAUUGUGA